GGAAGGCAGAUCAGCAAUCUAGUUACUUGUCAACUAUCAAAUUCGGUAGGCGAAAGAGUGAGAAGGAAAAGGGUGUGAAGAACAACAAAUAUGCCUUCGAAAAUUCAACUUGAUGAAAAUCUCGUCUUUUUGUAUAUUUGUCUCCAGAAAUCAGAUAUGAAAACUAUUGAUUUUGCAGCCGUAGGCCAAACCACUAAUCUCAAAUCUCCUGCUGCACGCAUGCGCUACACGAGACUCAAACGCCAGAUUGAAAAGGGGGUUAUUGGGGCGAAUGCGAAUAUUCAUCUUGGGAGUGGGAGUGGGAGUGGGGAGAGGGGAGGGAAUGGAGAGGAGAAGGAAAGAAGGAGGGAAAAGAGGGAGAAGAAGAUGAGGGAGAAGAAGGAGAAGGGGGAGAAGAAGGAGAAAGGGGAUGUGAAAGAUUGGGAUAGUGGGGUGAUUGGAAUGGGAAUGGGAAUGGCAUUGAAAACAGAUGGUGGAGUGGAGAACAAAGAAGGAAAGAGGAAGAGGGAAAUCGAGGAUACCACAGAAUCCGACGCAGAUGCGAUCUCGGAGCCAGAUUUCCAGCUCCAAGGAUGGAAAGCCUUUAUACUCAACAACAAAACCUCUCCAUUCCCCCCAUCCAUCCGACUUUCCACAUACCCGCAGCCCAACCACCUUCCUCACGCACCCAUACCCAUUUACCCCGCCCCUUUCACUCCCCCCUUCAACAACUCACAACCCGACAUCUCCCAGCCCACCUCCCAAGCUCUCCUGAACCAACUCCCCUCCCAAACACCCUCCUCCCACUCACUCACCCCCCAAAUCAAACUUGAACCCUACUCCCCCUUCUCCUCUUUCUCCUCCUCCUCUACCGAGCGCAGCCUAUCGAAUUUCCACGAGCGCACCGCCGCCACCCAAAACAACAACGAAAACGACGACGCAGAUUCCGAAGACGAGAUGCCGCUUGCGAAACGGAGGGGUAAGGAUACUCAGCACAAUUCUCCAAACGAAAAUGAAAAGGAAAAGGAAAAUCCAAAUCUGAAGAGAGAAGCAUGGCCACGUGCGAACACGUCGAGAAUCGCAGAUGCAUAUACCGACGCACAUUCUCAUUCUCAUUCCCACGAAUAUUCCAAGAUGCCGGAUCCAUAUCAAAAUGGAAAUGGAAAUCCAAAUGAAUACGCACGUACGCAUACACAUCCACAUCCUGCACCUCAUCCCUCCCUCGAAUCCCAUAUCUCUACAUACCCGUAUCCCAACCCCUACCCCUACACCACACCCUACAAACCCAUCUACACACCUCCCAGCUUCCGGCACGAAGAUUUCUCAACCUCAAACCUCACACUCCUAGCACCCUCUUCAUCUCCCUCUUCAACUCCCUCACCCUCGCCCCCAGAAUCUCCAUCCCCACCACCCUCUAACGCGCCUCUCCAUCUCCACUCCCACUCCCAACCCCCCACCUGGACCGAAACAUAUCAAUCCUAUCGACAUCUCUGGGGUGCCGAGCGCAUGGCACGAUUAUCGCCUCCUUCUCUAUCCACACCACCUCCCCCGACCACUCCUCCUCGACACCAUACCCUCAACCCCACACCGCACUCCAAUUUCCCUCCUCUUUCCCACUCCCGAUCACAAUCACAAUCAGCUCAUCCCAAUACUCACUUAUCAUCGCCACAGUGGUGAUUGACCGAAUACUCGGUUCGGGUCUGGUUUUAUUGGUUUAGAUGGGGGGUUGGAGGAGGAUGGAUGGGAUUGGAUGGGGUGAGAUUAAAUCAGGCGAGAUCA